GUGUGCAGGCGCCCGAGAGAAUGGCGGAAAGAAGAAGGUCCUGCAAACAUAGGCUAUCAAGGGACGUCUGAUAAGAUCGGGCGCAGGCAUAUAAGGUUGGACAAAAUCGAGCAAGCACACUCACCGCAAAGCAAGAACAACCGCAUCGCAACACCAACAUCCAACGACUGCAAAGCAACAUGUCCCUGCAAGGCAAGAAUGUCAUCAUCACCGGCGGCCACUUGGGCAGCGUGACGGCGGAGCUCCUGGCAAAGGAGGGCGCCACCAUUGCACUCAUCUACCACUCGAAUGCUGACCAGGCCAGCAAGCUGCUGUCGUCACUCCCGGGCAAGGGCCACGCCAAAUACCAGGCAGACAUGCGCACCGAAGCAGCCAUCAAGAGUGCCUUUGACGCUGCCAAGAAGGAGCUCGGCAAGAUCGACAUUGCCAUCAACAAUGUCGGCAAGGUGCUCAAGAAGCCCAUCGUUGACUUUUCCGAGGCCGAGUUCGACGAAAUGUUUGCACUCAACUCCAAGGCGGCCUUUUUCUUCAUCAAGCAGGCCGCUCUGCACAUUGAGGAUGGCGGCAAGAUUGUCACGACGGUGACGAGCCUGCUGGCCGCCUUCACGGCCUUCUACUCGGUCUACGCAGGCUCCAAGGCCCCCGUGGAGCACUACACGCGUGCGGCGGCAAAGGAACUGCAGCCCCGCCGCAUCUCUGUCAAUGCCAUCGCGCCGGGCCCCAUGGACACGCCCUUCUUCUACCCACAAGAGGAAGAUGCGUCCGUCGCUUUCCACAAGAGCCAGGCCCUGGAUGGUCGCCUCACCGACGUGCGCGACAUUGCUCCCAUCAUCAAGUGCCUCGUCAGCGAUGGCGCGUGGAUCACGGGCCAGACUAUCUUUGCCAACGGCGGCUACACGACGAGGUGAUGUUCUCGUUAAGGAGCUUGAUCCUGAUUGACUUGUAUCUACCUUUUGCGCUCAGCGUUCCAGAAGUCCUGUGUAUGAAUGGAGACUAUGCCAUAGCCCUCAUCGCGCCCUUCUGACGUGUCCAUAAACCCUCAUGAUCAGUCAACCACAUUG